GGUCUGUUGCUCAUGCUCGUAGGCGUAAUGCUGAUAAAUGCAUGGGGACUAAAUGAAGAUGCUUAGGAUACAGGGUAGUAAAUAGUUGACAAAACCAGGGUUAAUUGCCCGUAUUUGAAUAGUGGUACAACGCUCAAAACACCGAGUGGGCCGAGAGGCCCGAGAAGCCCGAAAGGUCCUAUAUCUCCGUCCGCAUCGGCAUUUACGAAUGAAUUAACGGAAAGGAUCGUCUAAACUCCUGAAAAAGAUGACAGGGUGCAUAGGAGACGCCUAACUCAAAAAUGUGUCAAUCAUUCGAAUGGAUGACACUCAAAGUCGGAAAAUACAAUAUAAUGGACUUCUCGGCUCUCUCACAAUCGGUCAAUUCAGCUUAUGAAGAGAAUACCGGCGAAGAAUACGAAGACAAUCGGCCUGUCGCAAUAAUAUAAAUUGAAUAGAAAAUUAAGUAGAAUAAGGAUAAUUGAUCAAAAUACAUAGAUUGAAUUCAAUCAAAUUUUACUAGAAGCAAUUAGUUGCGCGUUUUACCUAAAAUUUGUCGCGAUGUCCGAUGUUCUCAUUGUUGGUGCUGGCCCGACCGGUCUUUGGCUGGCAUUAGAGCUCCGGGCCGCCGGACUUAACGUCACGGUUAUUGAAAGAAACACAACGCGAGACAUUCGUUCCCGAGCAGCGGCAAUGGCUGCCGGUUGUCUCGAGGCUUUCGCGACUCGCGGUAUCGCCCAGCGUUUCAUUGACGCCGGUGUACCUAUCCGUUCGGUCCACUUUGGUUCUUCCCCGACUAGACUACAGAUGUCGCGAGAAUCUCUAGGUACCAAGCAUCCUCACUCGUUGAUGAUUCCACAGGCUGUGACAGAACAACUCUUGAUCGACGUCUGUGAGCAGAAGGGAGUUAAGUUCUUGUUCGGGCAUACAGUAGUCGGGCUGGUCCAAAACUCCGACGGCGUUACUCUCAAUGUCGAAAUUAGAGAUGGGUCCAAAUCCGAUUUCACUGCUCCGUGGCUUGUGGGAUGCGACGGAACAAAAAGCACAAUCCGGAAAUUGGCAAAUAUCGAAUUCCCUGGCACAGAGGGAACUAUCUGGGGUUGGCUUGCAGAUGUCCUCGUUACGGACCCCCCUCCUCAUCCGAUAUCGAUAAACAACAAAUCAGGAUCGUUCUUAAUCCAGCCACUCGGAUACAAGGACUAUUACAGAACUACCGGGGUGAAUUUGAGCACUAUGGGUGUGCCGCCAAGUGCGCCACCGACGAUUGAGGAUGCCAAAUCAUUCGCCAUCGAGACUUCGGGGAAAGAUUACGGUAUGCAUUCCCCACUUUGGACCUCUCGAUUUUCAAAUACUACUCGAUUGGCGACGAACUUUCGCAGCGGGCGCAUCUUUGUUGUCGGGGAUGCUGCUCAUCAGUUCUUCCCCGCGGGAGGUCAGGGUAUCACGACAGGUUUACAGGAUGCGGCCAAUCUAGCCUGGAAACUUGUCGCCGUUAUUCAGGGAAGAAUCACCGGAGUUCAUGCAGAGGAGCUUCUAGACAGCUACAAUACAGAGCGGAGACUCGCAUUACAAGCUGUCAUUAAGAGUACAUUGGCUCAGACAGCCCUGUACACACCGGACAAUCCACAACGAGCGGCCCUAGCCGAUAUUGUAUACGAACUCAUCGCUCACCCUAACAUAAACAAAUUGUUGGUGAGACGUAUCACUGGCUUUGGCGAUCCAUUUCCCCAGGAAGGGGAUGAGCAGGACUCAUUGAUAGGCUCGAGGGUGACCCACCUUGAAGUUCAAGGCAGGUUUGAUCCUCUCCACGCUGCAAUGUCUGUUGAUACUUUUCUCCUGGUCGUGAUGGAUGACAAACUCGAAGGAAUUCUCCGUGAAGUCACCAACCCCUGGGCUUCUAACAUCAAAUACUUCGGGCCGAGCGAUGAUAUUAAAUCUUUUGGUCAGCAAUGGGACGGAGUUAAAGCUGCUCUGAUUCGCCCUGACGCUCGGAUCACCUGGGUUUGGAGAGCCACAUCUUCACACGAGCAGCUCAACCCCUCCAUCACCAAGGUCCUAAAGAAGCAAUGCAAACAGAUUUAA